AUGAGCUUGCCAUCAGGCACUUACACGAUCACUAACGUUUCGUAUCGGAACCGUGCGAGUCUGACCAGCGGCGACGAUCAGGAGUUCAUUCACUGCAAACUUCCAGGCGCGGUUGGCCCCAAGGAGCAGUGGAGUUUGACCAGCUUUCCGGGCGAUCGUUUCUGGAUAGUGAAUGAGGACUGCAAGCUACACAUUGCAACACACCCUAAUGCCGCAAUCGCUAGUCCGGUCUUUGGUACGCGGGUCAACACCUCCAUGGCCUGGAUUAUCAAGGAAGUUCCUGGCGACGACUAUGGACCUGACGUAUAUAGCAUACACUCUGAAGAGAUGACCACUCUCGCCUGGACCCUCAAUGACGGACGCGACGGGACGCCUAUUUCGCUCCAGAAUUUCACGAAGGACAGACGCAAUCUAUGGCAGAUUUCUACAUACCCACCCGUGCAACGCAAGGAAUUUCCUUUCAAAGACAGAUCUACCAUGACCCUGUCGUCCGUUGAGCCAACAGCCGAACCAGACUACCUCGCGGUGCAUUGCGACUGGAAAGGCCUUCCUCCCGGUUAUAGUUUCGAGUUUCCGGAACCUCUCUUGCUAUUGCAUCAUAGCGAAGUCGUCGGGGAGAUGAUGAUCCCCGCAGACGGGAAGUUCACGACAGACUCCGGGAGCAUCUACAUGGAGUUCCACCCGCGAGACACCCCUGCAUUCAAGACUUUUGCGGCGGCCAUUAUGGCCGAGAGCGACGUGCAGGUCUAUCUGCAGAUUGAGAAGUUCAGGUUCUAUCAUUCAGGCUCGUCCGACGCGGACAAGAGCUACGUCUACCGCAGCAAGUGGAGCAAAGAGCUCAUAUUCAAAGGCCUACACGCCUUCCGAGAAUGUGUCAGCCUCAGAAACCUGAAGAUCCAAGGGAGCAGCAGCGACAAUCUAGGCCCUUACAUUGUUGCUACUGUUGAGGCUGGGAUCCUCAACCCAUGCGUCCUCAAGUGUACCUCCAACAUUGUCAUCAGCAUUCAUCACGGCAGUUGCAAGCUGGGAUCAUCAGACCUGAAGGAUUUCACCGUCACUCCGCAGCAGAACGAGUCUCGCCAGAUCACAUGGAAGUUCCGACCCAUGAGCCCAGCCAACGACGAACUUCGCAGCUUCCUGGACAAAUGCUUCAUGACAGAGCAGCAACUCCCCAUCCGACUCGGCGUGGACGCAAUCAGCACGACCAUCUGCGGACGUCUCUUCAACCUUCCUCGCUUUGACAUUGAGACACACAUCCAAGCUUUCGCCAAGAAGCUCAUCACCAAGGUCAACGUUCGCAUAUCGGCCAUCACCGUGUUCAAGCGAGAACUCACAUUCGAUUUCGAGAUGCAGAACCCGUUCAGCGCCACUUUGGAGCUCCAGAAUAUACAGCUCAAGGUCAGCAUCAGGGGGACGCACAUCGCGACGGUCAAACAUACGUUCGGUACGGGAGGCGUAGAGAGAUUUAUGAUCCCAGCCGACGGGCAAGCGAAGAGCCCAAAGAUAUCUAACUGCUGGCUGAAUGCAAGUUACUUGAAGGCCUUCCAGCUGGCCUACUCCGCCAAGACGCCAUUGGACGUUGAGGUCACUACGGCUGAUCUGUCCAUCGACCAGUACCCCUUGAAAGGGCUCUCGUAUAACCUGUAUGACAUUCCGUUCAAGCUCAACCUCUUCUGA